AUGGGUAGAUGGAGACGUCUAGCAGAACGAGAGCUGCUUGAAAUUUCAGCGCCUACAAGUGCCGAACAGUUUGUUCGCAGUUUUAAGCACACUGUUAUCGUUAUUUGUAAACAUGGUUUUACGGCUGAAAACAAGUACGAAUUGACUAUCCAUAAGGGUGAUAUUUUAAAAGUGUUAGAGCGUCCUGGAAAUGGAUGGCUUUUGGUACAAUUCAUAGAUACAGUGAAUAAAUAUGGCUUGAUACCAGCAAAGUACGUUGAUAUAGCAGUCAACGAUCCUUUGGACCCUAUUACAUUGCAGUGGUUACAUCAAGUUGAUGAACUAUCUCUGACUAACAGCAUCUCACAUAACCAGGCUGAAGAUAUAAGUAAUGAUAGUACAUCAAUGGUAAAUCGAAUUUCAACCCAUAACAAAUCGUGUCCGAAAUCUACCUCUAUAUCCAAUGUUCUCUUGCUAGACAACAGGUAUUGGUACAGAUUAGACAUAACAUACUCAGAUAAUAGUAAAGCAUAUGUACGUCGGUACUAUGAGGAUUUCUAUAACUUACAUGGAUCCUUAUUAAACAUGAUAGGUAAUAUGACAGAUACCAAUGGCAAUGCUAUUCCAUCAAUGUUGCCUAAAUUGCCUGAACCCAUUCCUUCUACAGCGUCAUUACAAUCAAAUGAUUUGAUUGUAAUGUUAUUAAAGCGUUGUAAUGAUCUAAACAUAUACACUAAUAGAAUACUCAACGAUAACAGAUUCAAAAAAUCAAAGGCCUUAUCUGAGUGGUUAGACGUUUCCUAUCGUAAUUUAGGUGGCCUAAUAAGCCAUCUAAAAUAUAAUUUAACUAGUGAAGAAAUUACGAAGAGGAUUCUGCCAUGCUCUAUUGACAUUUUAAAUAACAAAGCUUCUAGAAACCACGAUAAUAAUGUUACAUUAAACAAACCGGUUAUACCUAUAUCGUCGUCGUUCCCAUUUUCUGAAAGACAUGAUAUGAAUUCGAUUGCUCAGCUGGGAAAAAACAACAAUGCAUACAAAAUUAUAGCAAAUGGACCACCGAAAUUGACCGUGAAUACUUCAAACCAUAAUUAUAAUGAUUCAGUUGGCUCUCAUUCUGAAACAUCGAUUUUUUCCGAUAUCGAUUCUGUCAAAACUCCCGGUACACCAUUCUCAUUCUCUCAUGAGGCAUUUACACUGAAAAAUAACUACGUCAAAUUGAAAAUAAUCAAGCAAAACGACGACAUCGUUGCUUUGAAAAUAAAUAGGAAUGAUAUUAAAUCGAUCGCCGACUUCAAGAAAUUAAUCGGCGCUAAAGUUUCCUACAAGAGCUUAUAUAUCAAAUUAUGGGAUUUUAAACAUAUCGACUCGUACGAUUACAAUUUCAUUCAAGUUCUAAACGAAUCUGAGAAGAUUGUUCUCAGGGCAACAUGA